GAGACGCGGGCGGCGGCCGAGGAGGGAGAUCCGAGCGGCGGCUGCAGCCACCGGCUGAGGAAGACGGUGGUCAUGGAGGACCUGGGUGAGAACACCACAGUCCUGUCCUCCCUGCGGUCACUCAACAACUUCAUCUCACAGCGCGUGGAGGGCAGGCCAGCCCUGGACACUGGCACUUCUGCGUCAGGCUCCCUGCAGAUGCAGUACCAGCAGAACAUGCGGCUGGAGGAGCGGGCCGAGCAGCUGCGCUCGCAGUCGCACGUCAUCCAGGUGGAGCGAGAGAAGAUGCAGAUGGAGCUGAGCCACAAGCGGGCCCGCGUGGAGCUGGAGCGUGCCGCCACCACCAGCGCCCGCAACUACGAGCGUGAGGUCGACCGCAACCAGGAGCUGCUGACGCGCAUCCGGCAGCUGGAGGAGCGUGAGGCCGAGGCGGCUGAGAGGAUGAAGGAGCAGCUGGAGCGUGGCCGCUCGUGCCGCCAGAGUUUGGAUGCCGCCCGCCGGACGCUGCGUGAGAAGGAAGACGGCCUGGCUGAGGCCGGCGAGACUAUCAACGUGCUGAAGGGCCGGCUGUCGGAGCUGCAGUGGAGCGUGAUGGAGCAGGAGAGGCAGGUGAAGGGCCUGGAGUCGGAGAAGGAGGAGCUGAGGGAGCAGCUGGACCAGCAGCACAGGAAGUGGCAGGAAGCCAAUCAGAAGGUCCAGGAGCUGGAGGCUGCCCAGGACGCUAGGGAGGAGCACCAGCGGAAGAUCAAGGACCUGGAGCAGCAGCGGUGCCUGCUGGAGCAGGACUCGGCCGUGCUGAAGAGCAUGCGGGCGGAGCUGGGGCGGCUCCCCCAGGCGGAGCGCGAGCUGAAGCAGCUGCGCGAGGAGAACGCCCGCCUGAGGGAGAUGAAGGAGACGAGCGGGCUGCUGCAGGAGGAGCUGGAGGGCCUCCAGAGGCGGCUCGGGCGGCAGGAGAAGCUGCAGGAGGAGCUGGUGGCCUUGGAGCUGGAGAAGGAGAGGCUGCUGGGAAGGCUGCAGAGCUGGGAGCAGCUGGACCAGACAACCGGUUUGCAGCUCAGGACGCCUGAGGAUCUUUCCCGGUUUGUGGUGGAGCUGCAGCAGAGAGAGCUGGCGCUGAAGGAGAAGAACAGCACCAUCAGCAGCAGCGCCCGGGGGCUGGAGAAGGCACGGCAGCAGCUUCAGGAGGAGGUGCGCCAGGUGAGCGGCCAGCUGCUGGAGGAGCGCAAGCGGCGGGAAACCAGCGAGGGCCUCGCGCGGAGGCUACAGAAGCGUGUGCUGCUGCUGACCAAGGAACGGGACGGCAUGCGGGCCAUCCUGGGUUCCUAUGACAGCGAACUGACGCCAGCUGAGUACUCCCCGCAGCUGACGCGCCGCAUCCGAGAGGCGGAGGACAUGGUCCAGAAGGUGCACGCCCACAGCUCCGAGGUCGAGGCUCAACUGUCGCAGGCCCUGGAGGAGCUGGGAGACCACAAGCAGAGAGCAGACACCCUGGAGCUGGAACUGAAGAUGCUGAGAUCCCAGGCCGACCCCGCUGAGCAGAGCUUCCUGUUCUCCAGGGAGGAGGCAGACACACUCCGAUUGAAAGUGGAGGAGCUGGAGGCAGAGCGGAGGCGGCUGGAGGAAGACAAGACCAAGCUGGAGGUGCAGCUGGAGAAGCUGAUCCUGCAGGGCGACUAUGACCAGAGCCGGACCAAGGUGCUUCACCUGCGCAUGAACCCGGCCAGUGUGGCCCGGCAGCAGCUCCGUGGGGAUCAGGCGAGGCUGCAGGACGAGUGUGAGCGGCUGCGUGAGCUGGUGCGUGCCCUGGAGCAGGGCGGUGCUGUCCCUGCGGACCUCGAGGCUGCUGCCAGCCUGCAGUCCACCAAGGAGGUGGCAGAGCUGAAGAAGCAGGUGGAGAGCGCUGAGCUGAAGAACCAGCGCCUGAAGGAAGUCUUCCAGGCCAAGAUCCAGGAGUUCCGCAAGGCGUGCUACACGCUCACCGGCUACCAGAUCGACAUCACCACCGAGAGCCAGUACCGCCUGACGUCCAUGUACGCCGAGCACAAGGCCGACUGCCUGCUCUUCAAGGCCACCGGACCCUCGGCGGCCAAGAUGCAGCUGCUGGAGACGGAGUUCUCGCGCACGGUGGGUGAGCUCAUCGAGCUGCACCUGCUGGGACCCGUGGGCUGCAACACCCUACUCAAGUCACAGCCCAGACGAGACCUCGGGAGAAGCCAGCAGAGACGGGGCCUCAGUGCCUCCCUGAAAGAAGAGUCGGAUGAGGAGCAUAUCCUUUGGACCUGGGACCCCUGA